AUGGAGAAACAAGCUCUCCAAGGCUGUCUCUGGGGAUGGGAAGCGGUAAGGAGCAAAUGGGGUAUAACUCAAGGUGAGCAAGCUAGGGCUGAGAUCCAGAUUGCGGAGAAGAGGGAGACAGGAACAAACAGGGAGAUUGUGGAUACGGCACGGAGAGAAAAGGAUCAAGUUGACGCUACGGCUCCGCAGGCGAGAAUGGAGAGCAUAUGGCAUGUAUCUGGAUUCAAGCUGCAAACAAAAUGCAAGAUUGGUGUAGCUCCAGCUGCUGGCACUAUCAUGUGCUUCGAGCCGAAGAGUCACAAUACAUGGUGA